ACCUUUGAUGUUGCUUCCUCGCAAGCAGAGGAGAAUGGUUUCUCUGAUAUUGCGUCUACUUCAGGUAUUGACGAGGAAUUUCGUGAAAUUCUUCAGCAAACAUCCCUCAAGCUUGUUGAUGAUCACCUUGUUGAGUUCUCUGAAGCUUUGAGAACUGUUGCAAAGGCUUUAAGGCGAGUUGCAGAAGGAAAGGCAGUCGCUAAAGCUGAAGCUGCUGAAUGGAAGCGUAAAUAUGAAUUGGAGAGAGCGCAUAACUUGCAACAUAAAAGUAAAGCUCAAUCUGAAGAUGCUCAUUAUAAUCCUAUGGAUGAGAAGCUACAAAAUUCUCCCAACCAACCUGUGAUGAAUGGCCCUUAUAUUGAACAAACUGAGAAAUGUUGUGGAAAGCAUGGAAUUUGUUCACAUGAGAUUCUUUGGGAUGAAGCACCGCGAUCAAAUACCAAACUCGCUCAAGAAAUGGCAGAAGCAAAGAAGGCAUCAUUUAAGCUUUGCUGGGGUUGCAAUGGGGAAAAAAGUGGGCAACACAAGCAUGAAAUUGUCUCCUUUGAAAGAGGAAACAUAACUACUGCUGAGCGCAGCAGCAAACAGAUAUUAUUGAAAUGGGAAUCUCCACCACAAACUGUGCUUAUAUUGACAAAACCAAACUCAAUCUCUGUCCGUACUCUAUGUGCUGAAAUGGUCAGAUGGUUGAAAGAAUGUAAGAAGAUAAUUGUUUUUGUAGAGCCUCGAGUGAGGACUGAACUUUUGAGAGAGUCUCCAUAUUUUAACUUUGUUCGGACGUGGAAAGAUGAUGGAGAGAAAAAGCUUCUCCACACAAAGAUAGACCUCAUUAUUACUCUUGGUGGCGAUGGGACCGUUCUUUGGGCAGCAUCAAUGUUCAGAGGACCUGUUCCUCCUCUUGUGUCUUUUUCUCUAGGAUCAUUAGGCUUCAUGACUCCAUUUCAAAGCGAACAGUACAGGGAUUACCUUGAUACAAUACUGAAGGGCCCAAUUAGCAUCACGCUGCGGCACCAGUUGCAAUGCCAUGUCAUCCGUGAAGCAGCAAAAGAUGAAUUGGAUACUGAGGAGCCUAUUCUUGUUCUAAAUGAAGUUACAAUCGACAGGGGAAUAUCAUCUUUUCUAACUUUUCUAGAAUGCUACUGUGACAACUCCUUCGUGACAUGUGUUCAAGGGGAUGGAUUGAUUUUAUCAACAACAUCUGGGAGCACAGCGUAUUCCUUAGCUGCUGGAGGAUCAAUGGUUCAUCCUCAGGUUCCAGGCAUACUUUUCACACCAAUAUGCCCACACUCUUUAUCCUUUCGGCCCUUGAUACUACCGGAGUAUGUGACGCUCCGUGUGCAAGUACCUUUCAAUAGUAGAGGCCAUGCAUGGGCUUCAUUUGAUGGCAAGGACAGAAAACAAUUGGCCGCCGGCGAUGCUCUCAUAUGCAGCAUGGCACCUUGGCCUGUGCCUACUGCUUGCCAAGUCGACUCCACUAAUGACUUCCUCCGUAGUAUCCACGAAGGUCUCCACUGGAAUUUGCGGAAGAGUCAAUCCUUCGAUGGACCUCAUGAUUCAUAAACAACUCGUAUUUUUUAUUUAUUGAGAUCAUCGUAUAUAUUUCAUGGCUCCCAAGUCUGCAUGAAUUUGAAGAUGUUCAAAAUUUAUGACUGACAGCCCUUUUAGACCUGUAUGCUCUGCUGCAGUGAAACUAAUGGUGAUUUUUAACUUAUAUGAAAGAGAAAAAUGUAAUGUCUGGUUUUCGUCUUUCAGUGAAGUCACGGGCGAGACCUGUUUGUUGUAUCAGAAUGCUAUUUUUUUUUUUUAAUAUAUAAUCGAUACUUACCUUAGUAAGA